AUGGCAACACACAGCUCCCAACCAGGCGGGCCUCUACAAGCUGCUCUACUGAAGACAACUACUGCAGCCUCUACUAGGGCUACCGAAGGCCAGAAGAUAUUCAACCCAAUAGCAGCCUUUCUUGACAAACACCGGAGUCUGCUAGCCCUUGCGCCUCACCAGCAAAGUGCACUUGACGCACUCAGCAAUGACCUGGCUGAUAUAGCCCAACGGCACUUCAAUGCCUAUAUCAGCGGUAUUCCUUUGACCUUGACUGCGAACCCCCCUGCCCCUGCCCCUGCCCCUAUUCCUGCUCCUCCUGCUUCCUUACCCCCUUCUCCCCCUCCAUCUCGCCCCCCCUCCGGUCUUGCUCAGUCGACAUACGCAACAGUCACUCAAUCAACUACUGCUAAAGCCCCAAGCACACCUCAGCCUAAGGCAAAGAAAAAGACUAUAAUCCCUACUCUAAACCAGCAGCCUGACUCCCGCCUCUUCGUCCGCCUCCCGCCGAACCACAAAGCCAAGAACGUAGACGCAUACGCUAUCUAUACCAGCCUCCGAUCCCAUCUAGGUACCAACAAUAGGGUACUCAAGGGUAUUCAGUCUAUCAAGACUGGAUUUGCCCUACUGCUAACAUCUCCGGAAACUCUCGCAGCUCUAGAGGCUCAGAAAGACGCUAUUUCUGUUUUCUUCACUAAUUGCCAGAUCGAGCGAAGCUCCCGCUGGAUCUCGUAUCGGGUAACAAAUAUACCAAGAAAGGUCGGCCAGCUUAAUGCAGGUCAAUACACUCUGAUCUCUGUUAACCCAGAGAUACUAUCAGCUGAAAUAGCGGAAACUACUGGCCUUACCCCAGUUAAUGUAACUGAAACUGCUGCUAGUGCUUCUGAUAUAAAUACAAUCUCUUCAAGCUAG